AUGGCCAACAGCCAAACACGCCCUAACUCCACCACCGUAGAUCCAAACAGUGGUUUCAACCCACAUUCCAGAACCUUCCACAGCCUCCGCCCUAACGUCCCCCUCCCUCCGCCCUCUCAGCCUCUCUCAAUCACCGAAUACGCACUCUCUCUCAUCCCCUCCGCCGCCACCUCCACCGACGGCGCAACUACUGCUCUCAUCGACGCCGCCGCGGACAUCCGCCUCUCCUACCCUCUCCUCCUCCGCCGCAUAAAAUCCCUCUCAAUCUCCCUCCAAUCCUUCACACCACUCAAAAAAGGACACGUGGCACUCAUACUCACCCCUCCUUCCGUACACGUUCCCGUUCUCUAUUUUUCCCUCUUAUCCCUCGGAAUCGUUAUUUCUCCCGCCAACCCUCUCAGCUCCCCGGCCGAGUUAACUCACCUCAUCCAACUCGUGAACCCUGAAAUCGCCUUCACAACUUCCAAAACUGCCGCUAAAAUCCCCAAACUACCCCUCGGCCCCAUCCUCCUCGACUCGCCGGAGUUCCUCUCCAUGCUCGAGAACAACGAGUCAGUAACUAGCGAACUCGAACGAGUCGAGGUGAGUCAGUCAGAGCCAGCAGCGAUUCUCUUCUCUUCCGGAACCACGGGAAGAGUGAAAGGGGUUCUCCUCACACACGGGAACCUCAUCGCUCUAAUUGGAGGGUUCUGCCACCUGAAACACAUGACGGAGGCGCCAGAAGAGUCACCGGAGGAGGAGAACUGGGUGGCACUGGUGACGGUGCCGUUGUUCCACGUGUUCGGGUUCUUCAUGCUGAUAAGAGGCUUAGCGAUGGGUGAAACGAUGGUUCUAAUGGAGAGGUUCGAUUUCGAAGGGAUGCUGAGGGCGGUGGAGAAAUACAAGGUGAAUUACAUGCCAGUGUCGCCGCCGCUGGUGGUGGCGCUGACGAAGUCGGAGGUGGCAAGAAAGUAUGAUCUGAGUUCGUUGCGGUUGUUAGGGUCCGGUGGAGCUCCGCUGGGAAAAGAGGUGGCGGAGAGUUUCGGUGCUAAGUUCCCCAACGUGGAAAUUGUGGAGGGGUAUGGUCUAACUGAAAGUUCAGGAGGAGCAGCAAGGAUGAUAGGAACUGAUGAGGCGAAACGACAUGGUUCUGUUGGUCGAUUAGCUGAGCAAAUGGAGGCUAAGAUAGUUGAUCCUAUCACCGGCGAAUCGUUGCCUCCAGGCCGCCGAGGAGAGCUAUGGUUGCGUGGACCAACAAUCAUGAAAGGUUAUGUGGGAGAUGAAGAUGCCACUGCUCAAACAUUAGAUUCAGAGGGAUGGUUGAAGACUGGUGAUCUUUGUUAUUUUGAUUCUGAUGGUUAUCUCUACAUUGUGGAUAGACUCAAGGAAUUGAUCAAAUACAAAGCUUAUCAGGUUCCCCCUGCUGAAUUGGAAAAUAUACUUCAUAACAAUCCUGAAAUUGCUGAUGCUGCUGUAGUACCGUAUCCUGAUGAAGAAGCAGGGCAAAUUCCAAUGGCAUUUGUUGUAAGAAAGCCAGGAAGCAGCAUCAAUGCAGCUGAGGUCAUGGAGUUUGUGGCAAAGCAGGUUUCACCAUACAAGAAGAUACGGCGUGUUUCUUUUAUUAACUCUAUACCAAAAUCUCCGGCUGGUAAAAUUUUGAGAAGACAAUUGGUUGAUCUUGCUCUAACAAGUGGUUCUUCCAAGUUGUGAUUAGCAUUUGGGUGGAGAUUAGAGAACACCAAAUAUUCUUCAUAUCAAUUAUCUUCCUUGCUUACCAUAUUUCUUUUUGGUCACCCUUAAUAUAUACUUGUUCUAUUAUUUUCUUUAUCUAUUAUUGUCAUUUUUUUGUUCUAUCAUAUGUAUAUAUAAUACAAUACAUUUAUCAUAGAGCGACUGUAAUAAACUAAUAAUCUAAUAGAUGAGAAACAGAACGAAGGGCAAGUUUAUUGAUUA